AGUAGUCCCCGACCGCGCAGGUUCCAAAGGGAGGAGGGAGAAGAAGAGGGAGAUCCUAGGCUCUCUGAGCGUGAGUCCCGGGAGAGGCAGACGCUCAGCCAAUCCCUGGAAAGGAGAGCGUGGUUAGCUCGGACUGCAGAUCCCUCCGCCCGCGUUUGCUGUGCAGAGGCCCAGGGAGCCGCCAUUUUGGAUGCUUAGCCUUGAUUCCGGAGUCUGUUUCUGCUGCUUUUACGCCUGGAUUUGGCCAGAGUCGUCUUCCUCUGAUGUACUUCCUGCAGGACUCACAUGUACACUGUGUCUGUGGGCCUGUUGCUUCCUGGCUUCCAGUUCCGUGGGUAGUUGGAAGGCACAGACAAGAGGAAAGAGGGCUGUGAGGAACAGCACAGCAUGCUGGGCUCUGGAUUUAAAGCUGAGCGUUUACGAGUCAAUUUGAGAUUAGUCAUAAACCGUCUUAAACUAUUGGAGAAAAAAAAAACGGAACUGGCCCAGAAAGCAAGGAAAGAGAUUGCUGACUAUCUGGCUGCUGGGAAAGAUGAGCGAGCUCGGAUCCGAGUGGAGCACAUUAUCCGGGAAGACUACCUCGUGGAGGCCAUGGAGAUCCUGGAGCUGUACUGUGACCUGCUGCUGGCCCGGUUUGGCCUCAUUCAGUCUAUGAAGGAGCUAGAUUCUGGUCUGGCUGAAUCUGUGUCUACGCUUAUCUGGGCUGCUCCUCGACUCCAGUCAGAAGUAGCUGAGUUGAAAAUAGUUGCUGAUCAGCUCUGUGCCAAAUAUAGCAAGGAAUAUGGCAAGUUAUGUAGGACCAACCAGAUUGGAACUGUGAAUGACAGGCUGAUGCACAAACUGAGUGUGGAAGCUCCACCUAAAAUCCUGGUGGAAAGAUACCUGAUUGAAAUCGCCAAGAACUACAAUGUGCCCUAUGAACCUGACUCCGUGGUCAUGGCAGAGGCUCCCCCUGGAGUAGAGUCAGAUCUUAUUGAUGUUGGAUUCACAGAUGAUGUGAAGAAAGGGGGCCCUGGAAGAGGAGGAGGAGGGGGCGGGUUCACAGCCCCAGUUGGUGGACCUGAUGGAACAGUGCCAAUGCCCAUGCCCAUGCCCAUGCCCUCUCCCAGUACUCCUUUCUCAUACCCUCUUCCAAAGGGACCAUCGGAUUUCAAUGGAUUGCCAAUGGGGGCUUUUCAGGCCUUUCCCAAUAUUCAUCCACCUCAGAUACCAGCAGUUCCCCCAUCGUAUGAAUCUGUUGAUGACAGUAAUGCUGAUAAGAAUGUCUCUUCUGCACAGAUUGUUGGUCCUGGACCUAAGCCAGAAGCCUCUGCAAAGCCCCCUUCCAGACCUGUGGAUACCUAUGACAACUUUGUACUACCCGAGUUGCCAUCUGUGCCAGAUACACUGCCAUCUGCUGGUGCCAACACCUCAGCAUCUGAGGACAUUGACUUUGAUGAUCUUUCCCGGAGAUUUGAAGAGUUGAAAAAGAAAACAUAGGCCUCUUAAACCAGGCAACGUCACAAAGUUAUGGGAGUUGAGACUGAGCACUUUCUCAUUGUAACAAAGAAUCUCCAUGAAAUUGUUUCAUCUCUUAAACCAUCACUGAGCACACUCUUCCUCUGGGCUCUCUUCCUGUUCUACCAAAUUGUGCUGCUUGCCAGUUCUUUAUUACUCCUAACAGACAACUGACUGGAGACACUAUGAGGCCAGACCAGCUGACUCCUGUAAGCGGUGCUUGUCUGUUUCCGGUCACUAUGAUCCCAGGUUCUCUCCUUGCUUGUCCCACAAAGCAUUGUGGGGAGAGCUGACCAAGAUGGCUGCUGGGCUGUGGGAGAGAGUACUUCACGAAGUGUCUCAGCCCUAAGAUGAGGCUCUAGAGUUAGAAACAAACCCAUCUGUACAGAGGCACUUGUGGUGAGUGAGAAUCAAAGCUGAGAGGAAUGGGAGAGAAAAGGACUCAGGAAGCUGCUACAGUGGUUUUUGGAACCUGGGUCUUGUCAUUGUCAUACACACUACUCCUUGCUGCAGGGCAGUGUUCCACCUGGAUCCAGUUGCAAAGCUGAAGGCCUGUCUCAGUUCUUCUGGAUUCACAGGGAGCCCUUGUGGCCUUUUUCUUUGAGUGCUUUUUUCUUUGAGUGCUGUGUUUCCCUUUUUCCAGAGGGCAGCACUGUGUAAAUUACUGUUUUCCCAUUGCACGUUCUGUUGGAUCGCAUUACUAAGGCAGGACAGGCCACGAAUUGGGCAGAAGUCACCAUUCAAGGCUAAGGUGGGCUUCCAGUUGCCUUAAUAGAAGUAUUCAAGUCUUUUGAAUAGUGAGCUGGAAGGCCUACAGGAGAAGAGGGGUUCCUGUUUUCAUUUGAAAACUUUAUGAUUUAAGAACCUUUAAAAACUGAUCUCAAAUUUUGGUGCCCAUGUGGCUAUAGUUGUUUCCUGCUAUCCUCGAUGAACAAGACUAUUAAACAAUACUAUUACGUUGUAACUAACAUGCUCCUUUGCUCCCUAGCAAAUGAAGGUCAUUUCCCACAGGGAUGGCUUUGGGAUUGGAAGAUAGGACUUUGGCUUCUAUGUAGUGUAUCUGUGUAUACCUGUUUCAAGUAGCUUUUCUUUAAUGUUUUUGAUUGGUUUGUAUCAUAGCUCAGUAGCUGAUAAUAAAGUUUAAAAUUCUG